CCGUGUCCUCGCGCCAUGCCUCACAGGCGGAAGAAACCCUUCAUAGAGAAAAAAGCUGUAACCUUUCAUUUAGUACACAGAAGUCAGAGGGACCCGUUGGCAGCAGAUGACACUGCACCCCAGAGAGUUCUGUUACCUGCACAGAAGGGGGUUGAUGAAAAAAGAAGAGAGGAACAGAGGAAAUAUGGAGUAUUCUUUGAUGAUGAUUAUGACUACCUGCAACAUCUCAAAGAAGCUUCUGGACCUUCUGAGCUCGUUCCAUCAAACAUACCCAGUCAACAAGGCAGGAUUGUUGUGACCACAGAAGGAGAGGUACAUGAGGAAAUUCAGCAAAUUCCAGCCCCUACCAUUAAUUUGCCCUCAUCAGUGUUUGCAUCAGAAUUUGAAGAGGAUGUGGGAUUGUUAAACAAAGCCGCUCCCAUUUCAGGGCCUAGGCUGGAUUUUGAUCCUGACAUUGUUGCGGCACUUGACGAUGACUUCGAUUUCGACAAUCCUGAUAAUCUUCUUGAUGAUGACUUCAUUUUAAGGGCGAAUAAUCAAGGAAGCACAGAGCAGGAAAAGGAAGCUUGUUGGGAGUCUGGAGAUGAAGAUGAAUGGGAGGACAUGGAGGAAGAGGAUGGAGAAGGCACCCAGAGUGAUGUGGAUUCGGAGGGUCCUUUGUCAGAUGACAGUGAGAUUACAGGAGAAAUGAAAGAAUUUCUUUUCAUGCAAGAAGAGACCAAGAGCCGUUUCACAGAAUACUCCAUGACUUCUUCAGUAAUGAGAAGGAAUGAACAGUUGAGCCUUUUGGAUGAGAGAUUUGAGAAGUUCUUUGAGCAGUUUGACGAUGAUGAAAUUGGAGCACUGGAUAAUGCCGAAUUGGAAGGUUUCAUUCACAGCGACAGUACGCGGUUACAGGAAGUCUUGAAUGACUACUACAGAGAGAAGGCAAAGAACUGUGUCAAACUUGAAGGUCUCGAAAUCAAAGAAGAUUCAAAGCUGCUCCCCAGUGAGGAAGAAGAUGAGAUAGAAGAAAUUGCAGCUUUGGUUAUUGAAGAACCCAAAGAAAAGUGGGAUUGCGAAUCCAUUCUGAGUACCUAUUCAAACUUAUACAAUCAUCCAAAACUUAUUGAGGUUCCACAAAAGCCCAAACCAAUUGAAGUGUCAAGUAAGACAGGAAUCCCUCUGGGUGUUUUGCCCGGAAGAGGACUUACAGCUAAGCAGGCCGAACGCAUGGAAAUGAUUAACGACAGUGACCUGCCAAGAGUAGCCACGCAACCACGAUGCAAAAAUGAGAGUAAAGAAGAUCGGAAAGCUAGAAAACAAGCUAUCAAAGAAGAACGAAAGGAACGCAGAAUGGAGAAGAAAGCAAACAGAUUGGCCUUCAAGCAAGAGAAGACAAGGCAAGAGAAAGAGCUGCUCAACCUGAAACAGAAUAUUCAAGGGCUCAAGCUGUCAUAAUGAAAAACAGUUGCUUCGUGUUAAGGACACUCAGCUACCAUACUCUUUGCUGAUACCUUUUGGAACUUCUGUCUUCAGCCUGACAACAGCAAAGUUUAAGAUAAUGACUUUUUGAAUUCAGAUAGUCACUUACCGGCAUCUGGUUACAUGCAAAAUCAUUUUUGGGUACCACUGAAAUAAAAUUGCUGUAAUAUUUUCUCCUGUGGAAGUGUUGGCUGGCAUUUUUUAAGAUGGGCAAACUCCUCUAUAGUAAAAUCUCUUUACUAGUCA